GUAUGCCAUCGCACCCCGACGCUGUACCACAAUGACUCGUGACACGUACGUUGCUGACCUGACCUUGAAACUACUUGAGCACAUCCAUGACAGGGUGAAGGCAUCAAUCCGUCCUCAGGUCGACGUGGAAGGGGCAGCCAGACAGUUUGAAAAGAAAAUUCAAGUUAGAUUGGAAAAAGCUUUGAAAAAGUCACUCGAUAAUCUAGAACGAAGGUAUCUCAAGUAUGCAGAGGAAUGUAUCCCGAUCACUGAAAACAAGCAGUUUAAACAGAUGGCAAGGUUAAUAUCAAGGGCCGAAAAAGACGUGGAAGCCAACUUUCAUGAAGGUCAAACAGGAUUCGUUGCAGGGAGAGGCGAUAUCCAGAGGCAACUGCUGAAGGAGUGUUUUUAUGACCUUGCAGAUAAUUUGGAUCUUGAAGGAACUAAUCUGCUGGACAUUCUACAUCAGGAACACAUUAUGUCAGAAUCUGACGACAGGAGCAUUCGAGCAAAAACAUCUGCACGCGACAAAAAUAGAGACUUUGUGGACAUUAUAUGUGAUAAAUUAUCACCGGAAGAGUUCAAUUAUACGUUCCUACCAGCACUUCAGAAAGACCAUCCACAUUUGUUUACCAAAUUAGUAGAAAAAUUGUCCGAAAUGGAAGAAAGUUUUGAAGAAACGCAGUGCUUGUCGUGCAGAGUUAGAGAUAAUGUUCAGGUACAUCGACUUGCAAAGCCUCUUCUGAAGAGGAGAGCAAUCCAUCUAUCGCUGCACGCCGAUCUGUGCCGAGGGGGCCUAUCAAACAGAUGCAAGUGGGGAGAACUCGAAAGCGGUGAAGUUAGUCAUGAAGAUAUCAUUGAAGCGCUGAACAAGAGAUAUCCGAACUAUCAUAAACAGUUCAAACAAGAAGGACGAACUUCUUUAGAAUGUUAUUGUCAACACAAACCCAAGGAACAGGACGUUGUGGAUUACUACGAAAUUGAAGAUGUUGGCGAUGUGGUUGAUUCUCCCUAUAAUACUCCGUCAGAAGAUCCAUCUACAAUAGGAUCUGAAGUUGAGAUGCGGGAUGUUGAAGAAUUUCUUGCACAGACUCUCAAGGGCGGACACGUUAGGGAGGAUGAGGAGUACGUAGUGAGACAAGGUAGUGGCCGUGGAAUAUGUCUCAUCAUCAACAACAUAGAGUUCUCCACCCCAAGGUUCCGAACAAGGUCAGGAUCAGAGGUUGAUGCGGACAAACUGUAUACAACAUUCACCAGGCUGGGAUUUGUAGUCGUGAGGGAACGCGAUUUAACUUCAGACGGUAUUAGAGCUCGUAUUCUAGAGUUUUCAAAACACACCGAUCACUCAGGAUACGAUGCCUUUAUUUGCUGCCUGCUGACUCACGGGAAUAACAACGUCCUUUACGGCACUGAUGGGGCGUCAAUGCCUUUGUCUGAGAUUACUUCUGAGUUCACAGCAAGACAAUGUCCAUCACUUGCAGGUAAACCCAAGAUAUUCUUUGUCCAAGCCGACAGAGGCAAAGCUCGUAUGCUUGGUUUGAAACUACCCAGAGAGAUGUCAGAAGCUGAAGGAGGUGAUGGAGAAGAAGCUCAGAUCGUCGCAGACGAGGCCGACUUCCUCAUCGGGUACUGUACCCCUCCCGGGUACGCAAGCUACAGGAGCAGGUCACAGGGUAGCUGGUAUAUCAAGAGGCUGUGUGAAGUUCUAGACUCGGAUGCUUCGGACAAACACGACCUUCUGACAAAUCUGGUGGCAGUGAACUCCAAAAUUGCUGGAUCAGUUGGCCAUAAAAAAGAAAAGCAGGUAGCAGCUCCGAUGUUUACGUUGACGAAAUCCCUGUUUCUCACCAUUGACCCUUCUGUCUGAAUGUAUGAAAGGUGUUUGAUCGAAUCAUAGGAGAGGUAGAUGUUACAGCAAACGUUAAAGAAGAAUCCUGAUGCCAUCGCCUUUACAAACUUUUAUCCUGCAUAUUUUCAAGGCCCGGGUUCGAUUCACCAUGGGUACAAUGUAUGAAGCCAAUUUCUGGUGUCCCCCGCCGUUAUAUGCUGGAAUAUUGCUAAAAGCGGCGUAAAACCAAACUCACUUGCUCACUCGCACAAGAAGCGAGUUGGAUUGUGAGUUAAUAAAACAUGUGUACAUGUGACAUCAUGACGACAGGACGAUGACGCUGUCCGUGCGGGUUUACUGAAGAAAGACAAGGCCCUGUCUUUUAGAACCACUUUUCAGUCUUGGUCUAAAUGUUUUGUGAAGUGGAGACGCCUAAGUAUGUAAAUGAUUUAUUUUUAACCCAGUGAGUGAGCGAGUGAGUGAGUAUGGUUUUACGCCGCUUUUAGCAAUAUUCCAGCAAUAUCACGGCGGGUUUUAACCCAGCAUACCAGUAACGUCUUGUUUGAAGGACCUGAUUCAUACGUCUCGGACUACAUAAUCAAUCGUGAAUCUUGCAUUAUGCAGCAGUUAUAUCGAAGCUUUAUGCGGCUUUCUGUAAAAAGGAUGUGCUUGGCAAACCAGUGGUUGACAUAACGAACAACGAUCAGUGUUAUCCUGGCACGACACGAAUUAUUACUUUCGAGUCACCCUUAUGUGUACGUUUGUGUAUUCUUUGUAUUGAUACAUAUCGAUACAUGAUCUCGGUGUUAAGCGUUGCAGCAAACUGUGGGCGAUCUGUUACACCCAACAGUUUACGAUCAAAGGUUAACUGAUUGAUGAACAUGUGAAUGUUGUUGUUAAGCAGAGGACACUGUCCAGUUGUUACUGAUGUUGUUAUGGUCCAUUCCAUCUUUUAUCCAGAUACAGUUCAACAUUUUAUGAUUCCACAUCUGGUCAGGGAAAGACUGUUCGCGGUGAUAAUCAUAAAGACUAACACAUGACUAAUGUAAAUGCACAUGUACGUGUGACAUUGGAAUAUCAUCAUCUUGUAAAAAAUACCAAUGGCCAGAAAAUAUAAAGUAUACUAAUAUAACACAACACUAUUUUCAGGAAUAAAAUUAUGUUUAUGAUA